GGUUGUCAUUUCUACCAGCUCCUUCUGGUGUCUCUCUGUCUGCACAACAGCCCACAAUGGUGAGGUCCCUGGCCUUCAAUCAGCUCCACCUCCCCGUCUUCCUUGCCUUGGUCCAGCUGCUCACACCCUGCUCAGCUCAGGUUGCUGUGAUUGGACCCCCUGAGCCCAUCCUGGCCAUGGUGGGUGAAGAUGCUGAGCUGCUCUGUCAUUUGUCCCCAAAGAAGAGUGCUGAGACCAUGGAGCUGAUGUGGCGGCGAUCCGGCCUCAGGCAGGUGGUGCAUGCAUAUGCACAUGGCAAGGAAGAAACAGAGAUAGCAGAGUAUCGAGGGAGAACGUCAAUUUUAAGAGAGGACAUCACUGAGGGGAAGGCUGUCCUGCGGAUUCACAAGGUCAGAGCCUCUGACAGUGGAACCUACCAGUGUUAUUUCCAAGAUGAUGAUUUCCUUGCAAAAGCCCAGGUGGAGCUGAAGGUUGCAGCCCUGGGCUCUGAUCUUCAUGUUGAAAUGAAGGGCUAUGAGGAUGGAGGAAUCCGUGUGGAGUGCACGUCUGCAGGCUGGUAUCCACAGCCCCACGUAGAGUGGAGAGGUGAAGGUGGAGAGAGCUUGCCCGCCAUGGCAGCGCCUGGGGCUGCAGAUGGAGAGGGUCUGUAUGCAGUCACAUCCUCUGUGAUCCUGGAAGGCGGCUCUGGGAAGGGGGUCUCCUGUGUCGUCAGAAACCCCCUGCUCAGCCAGGAGAAGACAGCCAGAGUCUCCAUUGCAGGCCCCUUCUUCUCCAGCACGAAGCCCUGGCAGGUGGCCUUUGGGGUGACCCUUAUGGCUCUGCUGGGGCUUCUGGCUGGGUUGGUGAUCUCGUGGUGGCAACAGCAGAAGAGAAUCAGGGCCUUGAGCCAGGAGAAGGAGAGGGAGCGAGCUGAGAAAGAAGCAGCGCUGGCGGCGAAGGAGCAUGAGCGAGCUGAGAAAGAAGCAGCAUGGAUGAAGGAGCAGCUGGAGCGAAGCGCCAAAGGUGAGGCCUGGCUGCAGGUGGGUGGGACCUCCCUGCCCCAGGCCACCCACCCAGGCGCGGGUCCCCCUUUCCAUCUCAUUGACAGCACCUUCUCUUUCUGCUUAUUUCCAGAGAAUCUGCAGGAAGAGCUCAGUAAGUCCCAAUCCCCUGCCAGGAGGGUUCUGGGGUCCCUGGUUACCCCCUCACCGACCCCUCCCAUUUCUCCUGCAGGGUGGAGGAAGAAGCAGUACCUGGAGCGUGAGUACCUGGACUGA